CCAUUUUUCUGGCGCUGCCUCGGUGCAGGUUGCGCGUUGCUGGGAUCUGCGCUAGAGGAACGUCGUGUCUGCUGUCGGCUGUGCCAGGCCUGUGCUCUCGGGCACUCGGAGGCCGAAUCUGGUCAAGAAGACAUUUGAAUCAUGGGUGACGUUAAAAAUUUUCUCUAUGCCUGGUGUGGCAAAAGGAAGAUGACCCCAGCCUAUGAAAUUAGAGCUGUGGGGAACAAAAACAGGCAGAAGUUCAUGUGUGAGGUUCGAGUGGAAGGAUAUAAUUACACUGGCAUGGGCAAUUCCACCAAUAAAAAAGAUGCUCAGAGCAAUGCAGCCAGAGACUUUGUUAACUAUUUGGUCCGAAUCAAUGAAAUAAAAAGUGAAGAAGUGCCAGCUAUGGGGGUAGCACCCCCUCCGCCAAUACUCGCUGAUUCACCUAACUCCACAGCAAACACUGCUGGGGGGGGUGUAUCAACAACCAUGGGAGGGCCUCUUCCUCCACAUCUGGCUCUCAAGUCAGAAAAUAAUUCUGGAACUGAGACCUCUGACGUAGAUAAUCCUGAGUCUACCUGGGACCGGUCAGUUGCCAUGAAGGAUUAUUACUCCAUAAAGGAGGAGCAGGAAGUACAAGCGACUCUAGAAUCAGAAGAAGUGGAUCUGAAUGCUGGGCUUCAUGGCAAUUGGACCUUGGAAAAUGCUAAGGCUCGUCUGAACCAGUAUUUUCAAAAAGAAAAGAUCCAAGGAGAAUAUAAGUACACCCAAGUGGGUCCUGAUCACAACAGGAGCUUUAUUGCAGAAAUGACCAUUUAUAUCAAGCAAGUAGGCAGAAGGAUAUUUGCACGUGAACAUGGAUCAAAUAAAAAACUGGCCGCACAGUCCUGUGCCCUGUCACUGGUCAGACAACUCUACCAUCUUGGAGUGGUUGAAGCUUAUUCUGGACUUACAAAGAAGAAAGAAGGAGAGACGGUGGAGCCGUACAAAGUUAACCUCUCUCAAGAUUUAGAGCAUCAGCUGCAAAACGUUGUUCAAGAACUAAAUCUUGAAAUCACACCCCCACCUGAAGAUCCUGCCAUUCCUGUUGCUCUCAAUCUUGGCAAGUUGGCUCAGUUUGAGCCAGCUCAACGACAAAACCAGAUUGGGGUUGUUCCUUGGUCACCUCCACAGUCUAACUGGAAUCCUUGGACUAGUAGCAACAUAGAUGAGGGACCCCUUGCUUAUGCUACUCCAGAGCAGAUAAGCAUGGAUCUUAAGAAUGAGUUAAUGUAUCAGCUGGAGCAGGAUCACGAGUUGCAAGCAAUACUGCAGGAGAGAGAGUUACUGCCUGUAAAGAAAUUUGAAAAUGAAAUCCUUGAUGCAAUCAGUGAAAACUCCGUGGUCAUCAUCCGAGGUGCUACUGGCUGUGGUAAAACCACACAGGUUCCUCAGUUUAUUUUGGAUGAUUAUAUACAGAAUGACCAUGCUGCGGAGUGUAAUAUUGUGGUGACUCAGCCCAGGAGAAUUAGUGCUGUUUCUGUGGCAGAGCGAGUUGCUUACGAACGAGGAGAAGAGCCUGGGAAAAGCUGUGGCUACAGUGUUCGAUUCGAGUCUAUACUUCCCCGCCCUCAUGCCAGUAUAAUGUUUUGCACUGUAGGUGUGCUCCUAAGAAAAUUGGAAGCAGGCAUUCGAGGAAUCAGUCACGUUAUUGUAGAUGAAAUACACGAAAGAGACAUAAAUACUGACUUCCUUCUAGUAGUGCUGCGUGAUGUGGUUCAGGCUUACCCAGAAGUUCGGAUUGUUCUCAUGUCUGCUACUAUUGAUACCACCAUGUUCUGUGAAUAUUUCUUUAAUUGUCCCAUCAUUGAAGUGUAUGGGAGGACAUUUCCAGUUCAAGAAUACUUUUUGGAAGACUGUAUUCAGAUGACCCAAUUUGUGCCUCCCCCAAAGGAGAAGAAGAAGAAAGAGAAGGAUGAUGACGGUGGUGAGGAUGAUGAUACAAAUUGCAACCUGAUCUGCGGUGAUGAAUACGGACCCGACACAAGGUUGAGCAUGUCUCAGCUGAAUGAAAAGGAGACGCCUUUUGAACUCAUUGAAGCACUGCUGAUAUACAUCGAGACCCUUAAUGUUCCUGGAGCUGUGUUGGUUUUCCUGCCUGGCUGGAAUUUGAUUUACACUAUGCAGAAACAUUUAGAAAUGAACCCACACUUCGGAAGCCAAAGGUACCAGAUUCUACCUCUGCAUUCUCAGAUUCCCCGAGAGGAACAGCGUAAAGUAUUUGACCCAGUACCAGAUGGAGUAACCAAGGUUAUUUUGUCCACAAAUAUUGCUGAGACGAGCAUUACCAUAAAUGACGUUGUUUAUGUCAUUGACUCUUGCAAGCAGAAGGUCAAGCUGUUCACUGCUCAUAACAACAUGACCAACUAUGCCACUGUGUGGGCAUCCAAAACCAACCUGGAGCAGCGGAAAGGACGAGCUGGCCGAGUGCGACCUGGGUUCUGCUUUCACCUCUGUAGCCGAGCUCGCUUUGAGAGACUCGAAACCCACAUGACACCAGAGAUGUUCCGCACACCACUGCAUGAAAUUGCUCUGAGUAUAAAACUUCUGCGACUAGGAGGAAUCGGUCAAUUCCUGGCCAAGGCAAUAGAGCCUCCACCUUUGGAUGCUGUGAUUGAAGCAGAACACACUCUUAGAGAGCUCGAUGCUUUAGAUGCCAAUGACGAAUUGACUCCUCUAGGACGAAUCCUGGCUAAACUUCCUAUUGAGCCUCGUUUUGGCAAAAUGAUGAUAAUGGGGUGUAUUUUCUAUGUGGGGGAUGCUGUCUGCACUAUUUCUGCUGCCACAUGCUUUCCUGAACCAUUCAUCAGCGAAGGGAAACGACUUGGUUAUAUCCAUCGAAAUUUUGCUGGAAACAGGUUUUCUGACCAUGUGGCUCUUUUGUCAGUGUUCCAGGCUUGGGACGAUGCUAGAAUGGGUGGUGAAGAAGCAGAAAUUCGUUUUUGUGAACACAAAAGACUCAACAUGGCUACAUUAAGAAUGACCUGGGAAGCCAAAGUUCAACUCAAAGAAAUUCUGAUAAAUUCUGGGUUUCCAGAAGAUUGCUUAUUGACACAAGUAUUUACUAACACUGGACCAGACAAUAAUUUAGAUGUUGUCAUCUCUCUUCUGGCCUUUGGAGUAUACCCUAAUGUGUGCUAUCAUAAGGAAAAAAGAAAGAUCCUUACCACCGAAGGGCGUAAUGCGCUUAUCCACAAGUCGUCUGUUAACUGUCCCUUUAGCAGCCAAGACACGAAGUACCCAUCUCCCUUCUUUGUAUUUGGUGAAAAGAUUCGAACCCGGGCCAUCUCAGCUAAAGGCAUGACCUUAGUCACUCCUUUGCAGUUGCUUCUCUUUGCCUCCAAGAAAGUCCAGUCUGAUGGACAGAUCGUGUUUGUAGAUGACUGGAUCAGACUGCAAAUUUCUCAUGAGGCUGCUGCCUGUAUCACUGCUCUCCGGGCUGCCAUGGAGGCUCUGGUUGUGGAAGUAACCAAGCAGCCUAGUAUUAUCAGCCAGUUGGACCCUGUGAAUGAACGUAUGCUGAAUAUGAUCCGUCAGAUCUCUCGACCCUCAGCUGCUGGUAUCAACCUUAUGAUUGGUGCUGCACGAUAUGGAGAUGGUCCACGUCCUCCCAAGAUGGCCCGAUAUGACAACGGCAGUGGGUACAGAAGAGGAUCUAGCUAUAGCGGUGGAGGUUAUGGCACCGGAGGCUACGGCAUUGGAGGCUAUGGAGGAGGCAGAGGCUAUGGCGGCGGCGGUGGUGUGGGUGGUUACCGUGGCAGCAACUAUGGUGGUGGCCCUGACUCUUUUAGGGGAGGUUAUCGUGGAGGUGGUGGAGGCUAUCGUGGGGCUCCCCGUGGUGGUUUCGGUGGUGGCUCAGUAGGAGACUUCAGAGGGUCUGGCGGAGGGGGCUUCCGUGGAGGUAGGGGCUUCCAGCAAGGAGGUAGAGGAGGUGGUUUUGGGGGUGGGGGUGGCUUUGGCGGCGGAGGUGGCGGCUUUGGGGGCGGUGGCUUUGGAGGUGGAUAUUUUGGACAAGGAAGAGGUGGUGGAGGCUAUUAAAGCUUAGUUAUGUCAGUACCUCUGCAGACAAGGGAAAAAUGCAUGCUACCUACUUUCCAGAGUUGAUUCUUCUGCUAAGUAAGCCCGUUUUCCAUUCAUUCUGUUUCCUUGUAACUUAAGGAAACAAGGCAUAGGUUAGUGAUUUUUGUUUAUAUUAUGUAAAGUGUAAUGAUCUACAAUAAAAGUACCAGUUUGUAUUUUUUUUUCUUUAAGGAGUAAAGAUUUGCUUUUAAAAAUUAACUCGAUAUUUUCUUGGCUUUUGUUUAACACAAUAGAAAAUAAAGUAUUACACUGAAUACUAAGUUAAUUGUUGAUCCUAAACAUUAGAGGAACUUUACAGUGGCAUUUACACAUGUUUGUUUUACACAUUAGAGGGAAAAGUUGUGUUUUCUCUUUUGGAAUUAGACCUAGUGAUGUUAUUGUUUGCAGUGAUGGGAAUGAAUAACUUUGGAAUUGAAGUUGUACCAGCGUAAAUACUGACCAUUGCCAUUGAUGUGGGCCAUUACACCUGAAUAAAUGAUUUUUGAUCUAGGGCUGAA